AUGUCUGAAACCACAAGAUUCAACCUCGGUGUAGCCUACCAAUUUGGCGACCAACCAUCAGACCUAAUCCUCCCCCAGGAGAUCCUCAACAUGAUAAACGAGUACAUCGUCGGCGGCCGCCCAGGAAAGCCCAACUACUUCGGCCGCGUGCCGGGGCAUCUAUGCCUCGUAAACUCAACAUGGCGCCGCAUCUUCACCCCAGCGCUGUACGCCAACUUCCGCUUCACAGGUAACGUCAACGACCUCCCCUCCCUCUGGGGCUUCGUGCGCACCCUGUACCAGAACCCCGAGCUGGGCUCCCUUGUGAAAGAACUCACGCUGACAACCUGGGAUAUCCACGCGCCCUUUACCCUCGAAGCCAAAGACAUCGACGCAUUUUCCACGCUCCUGAACGCGCACGGGGGCAUCCCAGACGGCCAGUGCAUCGAUGACUUCCGUACUAAUCUCGCCCUGGUCAUGGGCAUGCACGCGCACUUGCCCAAUUCCAACAGCGUCCUCGAGCAGCUGAACACAAUGCUAAAGGAACGGUAUGCGACAGCCCUCUACGCACAGAACCAAGCGUGGUUCGAUUCCAUCUUCGAGCUGAUCAUCGGCUCGCCCGUCAUGUUGCCCGCUGCACAGAGGACCCUGCAGCCCGGGACAUUAACAUCAGGAUACCAGGUCCCCCUCGCCAUCGUCGCCAUCGCCCUGUGCCCGAACCUGACCCGCCUAAACUAUAACGUCACACACUCAGGCCAGUGCAUCUUCUUCGAGCGCAUUCUGGCCUUCGCAACGGGCUCCCUCGCACUCCCAGACGCGUACCUGAACCGCCCCCCCCUCGGAAAUCUAGAGGUAUUCAAUAUCGGCGGCCAGCCCGUCGGUUCAAACGGCGGGCACGUCAGGGUCAUGGUCUCAGAGUGCAUGCCGUACUGGCAGAUCCCAUCGCUCAAGACGCUGAGCAUCCUGAACGCCGACGAGAUCUCCUUCCCGCUUAUCAAUCCCACACAGCGCUUCAGCGCCGUCGAGCACCUAUCCAUCCAGUGCUCAUCGAACGUCACGCAUCUACCCAGCCUGUUCGAGCAGAUGCCCAAGCUAAGUAAGCUAAGUCUCCAGCUGGGCGUGCAGUACUCAUACGCAACCGACAACGACGACGCAGACCCAACAGGCCCAGCGCAAUGGGUCGGGAUCUGGCGGAUGCUCUACCACCUGAAAGACCGCCUUGAAUACCUCGACCUGCGCCAAGACGCCAUCGUGUUCAGCGAGGCCUCAGACCCCACGGCCCCGUACUUCCACACCCAGCGCGCGGACGGCACCCCGCUCGAACCCUUCUGCCCGCCGCUCCACGAAUUCGCCAACCUGCGACACCUGCAUAUCCCGAUCCUCGGACUGGCCGGGCACAACUGCGACCUUGCAGGCGAGCACGGCGCCAAGCUGAAGUUCGCGUCGCAUCUCCCGCCAUCCGUCGAGUCGCUGGGUAUCUACGGCGCCUCGGAGCCGUGGGUGCAGUUUUACUUCCCCACGCUGGACAAGGAGCUCGAGGGGGUUAUGGCCUCGGGCUCAGGUGCCGGUGAGGAUCGGCAUCUCCGUGCGUUCGUGUACGACGGGAUCAGCGCCACGAAUCGUCGUCACCACGAGCUUAUCGAGCGCGUUGGGGCUGCGGCGGCGCGCGCUGGGAUCCUGUUUCUUCAUUCCGGCGAGGAGUACCUGCUUCGGGGUGGGGAGGUGUCGGCUUGGGGGCUGCUGAAUACGCGGGUCGAGAUGGAUUGGAUUGGGGAGUUGUUGGGGCAGUUGGAUAUUGGGAGGGUGGUGCCCAGGGGGAUCGAGGUUGGGGGGUGGAGGGGGAGGCUUGGUAGGUAA